CUUCUUCACUUUCUCUCUCUUUGUUUCUCCAACAGUUCUCUCUCUCUCUACAAAGCUAAAAAAGAAAAAUAAAGUCCUCCCCUUUCUCUCUCCCCCCCCCUUUCGUCUUAGGGUUUCUGGAAAAAUCGCAGUCAAAUUCUACUCAUCUCCCGACGAAUCGAUCCUCGAAACUCAUCUAAUCUUCUUAUCCAUAACCUUAUCAAUCUCCCGAUAUAGUUUUUUCCCGUUGCCGCUUAAGAUCGAGCUCGAAUCUCGUAUCCACCCCCUUUUUCUUUUUUUCCCCUAAUUUCUGGUCGGAUUUUUAUCCAGCUCUAGUUGCGGAGAGAGAGUAAAGGUACAUGGAAGUUAAUCAUCACUGAGGCUUAUAAUUAUCUUCAAGCAAAUCAAUGGGAUCCUCCAUUAAGAUCAAUUCAAUAUCCAUAGAUCUUGCAGGUGCUGCCAACGAGAUUGAUAUGGUGAAAUGUGAUCAUUUCUCAAUACGUGCAUUCGUAGCUGAAACCCGUGAGAGAGACCAUAGAAAAUGUUGGCCGUUUUCAGAAGAGAGCAUUAGUUUGGUGGACCAACAAAACUAUGCUCUUCCUUCUUUAUCUGUGCCAAAGUUUAGAUGGUGGCAUUGUAUGAGCUGUAUCAAAGAUAUAGAUGCUGAUGGAACAAAAGAUACUACUGGACCUAAUGAUUGUGGACUGCAUUCAAACUCAAGAACUAUUGGAAACUCUUCGGUUAUUCCAAGUAAAAGCAAGUUGAAUUCGUUAACUAUCAUUGAUCAAGAGAAAGAAAGGAAAACUGAUAUUGCAGGUAAUGCUGUUGAGGAGAAUUUGGAUGUAAACUGUGAAAGAAUUCAGAAGGAUGAUCAGACAGCUACUACGUUUCUCAAGAAAGGUCGUGGUCGACCAACGAAUGCUUCCAUUGUUAGGAGCAAGAGUAGAAAGCUCGCGAGUCCAGAGCAGGUAGGUAACAAGAGAUCUAAAGAAAAGGUUAACAAACAAGAUGUGGAUCAUCAGGCUGUGACAACUUUCGGAUCAUCUGAAAUUGCUGGUGUGGUUGAAGAUACACCUCCUAAGGCAACCAAGAAUCAUAAAGGUAUCCGUGGUGGACUGUUGGAAUGCGAUAAUGGGUCAUCAGAGAGUAUAAAUCUUGCUAUGAGUGGGCUGCAGCGUAGGAAAUCUCGCAAGGUUCGUCUACUCAGUGAGUUGCUUGGUAAUACCAAAACCAGUGGUGGUGGUAGUAGUAAUAUCAGAAAAGAACAGUCUGCUUUCAAAAAGGAAUCGGUUAGAGGUAGAAAAAGAAAGUCGUUACCUGAAAACAAUUACGUCAGCCGGAUAUUAAGUACAAACGGCGCCACCUCUGAGAAUGCCUCCAAAAGUUGUGACUCUGAUCAAGGUAAAAGUGAAUCAACUGAUAGUGGGUUUGAGAGAACUCCAAUUAAGGGUAAGCAGAGAAACAGAAGAUUUCAGGUUGUUGACGAGUUUGUACCGCCACUUCCUUGUGAAACUGCACAAGAGGGUGUUAAGGAGCAUGAAGCAGAUCCCAGUAAGAGAUCAACUCCUGUCCAUUCUUUAUUCACUGGAAAAGAUUCGGUUCCUUGUCCUCCAGGUACUCAGAGAACAGAGAAGAAGCUCAGUUUAGCCAAGAAGAAAACAAAGAAGCACGUAACAGAUAAUGGCAAGAGCACCCUCAUCAGUUUUAAUACCGGCAUUGAUGGAAAUCAGGUUAUAUCACAAACUGGUCCUUCAGUAAACAUAGUUUCCCACACUCGAGAUUUAUUGAAUGAGAAGAGUUUAUUUGACAACCGUUUGGCUUCAGAAGGGUAUUUCAGAAAAUAUAUCCCUCAGCCUAAUGAUAAGCCGGUCACUUCUUUGCAUUUGCAAGACAAUGAUCAUGUCAGGUUAAGAGAUGCGGAACCAAACUGUCUUCGAGACUUUAGUUCCUCUUCUAAAUCCAGCACAGGUGGAUGGUUGAGAACUGGAGCAGAUGUUGUUGACUUCAGAAGCAACAACAACAACAAUACAAAUAGACCGUCUUUCUCGAACUUUAAGUUAAGAUACGCCCCUUCUUCUACUGAAGUUGCGGAUGUUUCCCGUGUGCUGCAAAAGGAUGCUUCUGGUGCAGACAGAAAGGGGAAGACUGUUAUGGUCCAAGAACAUGAUGGAGCACCCAGAAGCCAAAGCCACGAUAGAAAGGAGACUACGACUGAAGAGCAAAACGAUGAUAUUCCCAUGGAGAUAGUAGAGCUCAUGGCCAAAAACCAGUACGAGAGGUGUCUUCCGGAUAAAGAAGAAGACGUUAGCAACAAACAGCCAUCACAAGAAACGGCACACAAAUCCAAGAAUGCUCUGCUGAUUGAUCUGAACGAAACCUAUGAUAACGGGAUCUCACUUGAGGACAACAACAACACAUCAAGACCACCAAAACCGUGUGGUAGCAGUGCAAGGAGGGAAGAACACUUUCCUAUGGGAAAACAGCAGCAGAACUCUCAUGACUUUUUCCCAAUAAGUCAGCCUUAUGUGCCUUCUCCGUUUGGGAUCUUUCCUCCCACCCAAGAAAACCGAGCCAGCUCCAUCCGGUUCUCUGGUCACAACUGUCAGUGGCUUGGGAAUUCGCCAACUGUGGCUACUCAGAACCCUUCUCCAUCUUCAUUUCGGGUAUUACGUGCUUGUGAUACGUGCCAGAGUGUUCCUAAUUCUCAUCCAAUAUGGCCAUCUUCCAUGAUACCACCACAGAGUCAUCAUAAGCCAGUUUCUUUCAAUAUAGAUCAGUCAGCAAAGCCGGGUAUGCUUUCACAAACAGCCAACAAUGAAAACACAUGGAACCUCAACUUUGUUGCUGCCAACGGGAAGCAAAAAUGUGGGACUAAUUCAGAACUCUCAUUUGGCUGUAAACAUGCUGCUGGGCUUAGUAGUAGUAGUAGUAGGCCAAUAGAUACCUUUUCUAGUGAGAGCUCUAUACCGGCAUUGCAUCUACUCAGCCUUAUGAAUCCUCGGCUGAGGUCAACCACUCCCGCUGACCAACACGGAAACACUAAAUUUACUAAACGACAUUUUCCGCCAGUCAACAACCAGUCCAAGGAGUUUAUAGAGCUUCAAACAGGGGACUCUAGUAAAACAACCUACUCAACUAAGCAGUUGCCUUUUGAUUUUUACAACAAGAGAUUCGCACAAGACUCCUCUUCCAGAAAGAGUUUCCCCAUCAUACCACCUCUUGGUACGUCUUCAUUUUCUUUUCAAAAUGCUCAAGCUUCAUGGAGUCCUCAUCAUCAAGAGAAGAAAGCCAAGGGAAAAGACACGUUUGCUGCUCCGGUCUACAAUAAUACUAAUGAAAAGGCGGCGUUUGCGAGCAGCAACGACCAAGCGAAAUUCCAGCUUCUAGGGGCAUCGAACUCCAUGAUGCUCCCUUUGAAAUUUCACAUGACGGAUAAAGAAAAGAAACAAAAGAGAAAAGCAGAGAGCUGCAAUAAUGCCUCUGCGUGGCCACUCAAGAAUUCUGGACCCAUUGUGUGCAGCGUCAAUAGAAACCCUGCUGAUUUCACCAUUCCUGAACCUGGUAAUGUUUACAUGUUAACGGCUCAGAAUCUUAAGAUCCGAAAACGCACAACCUUCAAGAAGAAACCAAGCUUGUGUAAGCAGGAUGCAAUGAAGCACACCAAUAAGCCUGUUUGUCCACCUACAGAAAAUGCUUAAAGAGAUAUACGGCAUGGGAGAGAUUUGUUCAGACACUGAGGCAUAGCGAUUGACAAAGAAAGAGGGAUACAAAGAGAAAGAGAGAGAGCAUUCGUAUUGAAAUCAAGGAUAAUAAGUCAGACAGGAAACAGUAAACUGCAAAUCUUCCUCCUGUUCGUCAAACUCGUUUCUUAUGUUUUGUUCAAGCAUACAGUACUUGGGUAAACUCAGCGUGUGUAUAUAUUUAAAUUACUGUACUACCCCCUGAACAGGCCUUGUGUUAUUUUUUUUUUUGGGGAUACCAGAUACCUUUUUGGUUCGUUAUAUAAAAUUAUGUAGUCUUUAUUUAAACCA